AUGACUCUCAGUAAUAUCUCUGUGGCGAAGAUAUGCAGUAGAAGGCUCCAUAUCGUAUCCAUACGCUCUACACUUUCGCCGGCAUCUCUUCGACAAAGCAUACGUCCAUGUUCAGCUAGCAGAAAGUCAUUCAAAUUCGCACAUACCCCUCCUACCUUUGGUAGGAGUUUUGCCACAGAAUCAACAACAUCGACUCCAAAAGCGAAAACUGGAACCAUUCAGAUAUCUACCCUGUUCACCGGUCUGCUCAUUGUGGGAAUAGGUAUAACCGCGUAUGGGGUAUAUGACUUCUACAAGUCGUUUGCUAUAUGGCCUCCAGAAAUCAGGGCAGACCUACGCUCAGGUAUAAAAGCGAGAAACCAAGGUGACCUUCAACUCAGCGAACAGUUCCUCCGGAGAGCAUACGAAACUGCACUGUCCCUUCAACUUACCUCGUUCACACCCUCUCCCUACCUCAAACUCUCCGGUAUCGCCACAACGCUCGCCUCCGUUCUCGAACUUGCCAAAAAGCCCUCCGAGGCCUACACGACCUACGCAUCGGCCCUCCAUCUCCUCCAAUCACACGCCAAGGAGCUCAAUGACCAGGAACGAUUGCGAAUGGUGGCACUGGCAAGUAAGCUAGGCGAAAUGGCAGAGGAGUGGCAGCUGGGUAAUGAGGAGGAAGAGAGGUGGCUGAUGUUUGCGGUGGAGGAGGGAUUGAGGGUGGCGAGGGACGUAAACCUCGGGAGAGGGAUCAAGAUUAAUUUGGCAGACGAGAAAGGCAAGGGGAAGGGGGUCGAGGAGGCGAGGCAGGAGGAGAAGAUUGUUCUGGAGGAUCUGCAGUUGCCUGGGUGGCUAACAGCGCAGGAUUUGGGCGCGCCGAUAGAGGCGCUUGGCGCGUUCUACGCUCGGACUGGUCGAGUCGACUAUGCCGCCCCCCUCUACCUACAAGCUAUAUCGCUACUCAUACCGACACCACAAUCCGGAAAUAUUGGCUCUCCGUCUGACAUCUGCCGUGGUGCUCAGCUCAUGACUUCUCUCUCGGAACUCCUCAUGCGAACGCCCACACCCGAAAAACUGCAUCAAGCCGAAGCAUGGGCAUCGCAGGCCCUCGGUCUGAUUGAGAAGACCCAAAAGCAGGCGAGGGAGAAGGAGAGUAUCUGUGAGCAGGCGUUAGCUGUAGCGUUGUUCAACCUGGGAUCGAUACGCGAGAUGCGAGAGGACCUUCCGAAGGCUCGUGAGCUCUUCGAGCGCAGUCUCGAGCAAUCAAAAACCAUCGGUCUGCGAGAAGGCUUAUUUGAAGCGAAACAGGCGCUUCGACGGCUAGACAGGUUGCAGAACGGUACUAGCCAUCGUCCUGUUUCUCCGCUACCUAGCAAUGGGGAGAAGCCCGCAUCUUCUGUAUAAUAUUAUUUCGGGCCAACUGGCUCAUGCUGC